AUGGACGGCCUUUCGAUAGCCACAGCCUGUUUCGCCUUUAUUGAAAUAGCCGACAAAACCUUCACAGUCAUAUCAGAUUUUGUGCGAGAUUGCAAAGAUGCAAGGAAUGAUUUGGCUGCCCUCAAUCAAGAGCUACUUUCUCUAAAACGAACUCUGAAUUUGCUCAAGGAUCUCGUUACCGAUGGGAAUGAAAGUGAUUUGACAAACAACACGAAACGGGAUAUCAGAGAUAUUAUCCAAAAUUCUCUCGGUAUUGCUUCGACUUUGGAAAAUGAGUUGCGUGGACAGCAGGGGAGACUUCUAGCAGUUCACUGGGCAACAAGGGGGAAACGAAAGGUCGCUACGUAUCAAGUGAUCCUGGAAACAAACCGACGAGCGCUCAGUCUGGCCGUUGAAACUAUUACUCUAGCUACGGCUAAAAACAUCAAGCAAGACACAACAGAAAUUCUGGACGACACUGCUCACAUAAGAGGAGGGAUCACAAGCAUCAUUUCAAGAAUUCAAACCCUGGAAGCAAUAGUGACCAGUCAAGGAACAGGCGACCCUCACACAUUUAUGCUAACGAGGUAUCUGAAUGAAUUGUCGUCAGUCGCCGGUUCUGUGUGUGACCCUUUGUCAAGGUCAACAUCCCCUGCGCCCUCUGAGAGUAGUUCCACGUCUGCUGCCAGUUACGAUUCGGGUGUAGGAGAAGGUUCACAGCCAGUAAAUACACCGUCAGGAUUACCAACAGAUAAAGACGUGCCGCCAGUUUCCGAGUCUGAAGCCUCUGGUAAAAGUCCAACAGACUUGGCCAACGACCCAUUUGUUUUGCCGGAUUCUUUUCCAGUCUCUGUUACCGAAGCAUGCUCUCUUGAAAACCUCGCUUUCCAGCUUCGACAAUCACAUUUCCUCUCCAAACACCUCCAAAUCGAGCAAGAAACCUAUCCAACAGGCUUGUCAUCCGACGGCAACAGAUUGGUGUGGUUACAACCAGGUAAAAAGCACGAUGUCGUCUAUGAUACAGAAUCGAAACGAAUAAACAAUGUGAUGUCAAUGGGUACUGUUGACAGAUUUCGCCAAUCGAUUCAUAAAACGGAAAUGCGGAUAUUGAACACUGAUGCUUCAUUGAUCUUGUUUAAGAUUUCAAAGUCUUGCUGGAAGGUUUAUGAUCGGGUUACAGGCAAGACUAUCAGACAGGACUUUUUCAACUCACUGGCGACAUGGACGCAACAGAUUGUUCCCGUGUCGAAAGACUGUGGGCUUCUUCUGCUGGGCCAUUACCGUAAGGGCUACACCCUUAACCGAAUACGCCGGUCGUCACGAGGGGCAAAAGGCUUGGUCUGGAACUACAAAGUCUUGCCCUCCAGUGGAGAUUCCAUACUUCAUCAUGUCACUCUAUCAGUAGAUAGUCAAAACGUGACAGGGUUGUUAGGUGAUGCACAACAAUUGGCCGCUUACACGUGGGAUAUACCCUCGGAAUGGUUCGCCGACGAACAUAUAGUGGUCUUUCCAUAUAUUGGAAGUCCAGUCACAGUUGACCUACACCAAGAAGACUUGAAGAAUCAUGAAAGAACUUUGGGUCUUACUUCGACGAGAGGCAGAGUGAUUGUUAUCAAAGGGGGGGUUGACAGACGUACUAGCUAUCAUGCUGGUUUUCGAAACACUUAUUUGAGUGCAACCACAUUCAAUAUUGAUUCCGGUGCUGAAAUCUCUUCUUAUUCUUUUUCAGUGUCUCGCAUUCAUGGGGAUGAUAACAAAGACAGCUUCUUCAAGGAUGCCAAGAUCUCGGCGGAUGGGAAACUGCUACGUACGCGAAUCGCUAGGACACCUGGUAUUGGGAAACGAAGUACACCUGAAUUUAAACGACAGGCGUGGAUCGGCGUUGAGACGGUGAUUUUGAGGGUAGAAGGGUUAGAGGUAGUUCAUCAGUUUAAAGAGGUCUGGAACGCCAACUUUACUGAGCCUGUUACAUUGAGCAUUUUCGCACCGAACUUUGACGUGCUUGCAAGGUUGGCGUGGAAGAGAAGGGGCGAGGACAAGAAGCAAAGAGUAUGGUUGGAGGUAUAUGAUCUCAAAGAGAAUUUGGAGGAGGAUGAGGCGGUUUCCAAGGUUGAAUCUGUUGCUUGA